UUCCUAUCAAUCGAUCUCUCUCUCCUGUGAACAUACCUCAACCAUUCAACGCACGUUACUAGAUACUUAACCCUACCAUCUACUUUUCUCCUUGAUAUCCACGAACCUCACAAAUCAACCACAAUGCGCGCCAACGAUCCCUCCUCCAAAGUUUUCUACAGGGGCAAAUCCGACGACUUUAUCGUCUUCGUCGAGGACCCAGCGACACUCAAGAAUUGGAAGAACGAUCGAACGAUUCCCCUCUCUGAUGUCGUAAACGGGUGGAAGAUCUUCGUUACUCACAAGCACGGUUCUCAAGGCAUUCUCGACGGCGCCAGCAAGUCCUCUCUCGAGAACGAGUUUGGCACGUACAAUGACGAGGAAUGCGUGAAGAAAAUCCUUGAGCACGGCGAGUUGCAGGGAUACACUCAACGGGAAAAGGGCGCCGACAGAAAUAUUAUGAACGGACCUCAGGUCCAGUUGCCUUCCAACUAAACCUGAUGCCUACCUAAUCUACCUACCGACUCAACCCAACCUGAAGUACCUUCUAUACCUUCCGAGCGGGUUCCUCUUACGAUGAUGACGGUUCGCACCCCGUGAUGAUGACGGGAUAUGACGGGGUUGUACUUUAUAUUACUACAAUAACUCGACAGAAAUGAAAUGAAAUAAUACAAAA